CAAACCGGUACACUCUGCCAGCGGUUUCUAGCAGCUAGCCCUCGCACGCUCAGGAUGGUGUUCAACGACGAUGAGAAUCCUGCCAGUACCUUGAAUACAGGGAGCACCAAGGGGCUGGUGAAGAUCCAAAAGCCAGCGUACAGCAGGGACGACGUGGCGCUGACGGCCGACGAGGUGACGGCGGUGAUCGAGCUGAACGCCGCACCCAGCGCCGUCGUCAGGGAGGGGCUGGACCUUGUGGUGGUGCUGGAUGUGAGCGGCAGCAUGCAGGGGGAGAGGCUUGAAAGCAUGAAGCAGUCGAUGCAGUUCGUGAUCAUGAAGCUCACCCCCGUGGACCGCCUCUCCAUCGUCACCUUCUCCAGCCACGCCCAAAGGCUCUGCCGGCUGCGCUCCAUGACCGAGUCUGCCCAAAAGGAAGUCAAAGCCAUCAUCGACGGCCUCAAGGCCAGUGGAACCACCAACAUCAAGAGUGGCCUCGAGAUCGCGCGGCAAGUCGUCGCCGAACGCUCCACUAAGAAAUCCCGCACCGCCAACGUCUUCCUCAUGUCCGACGGCGUGCAGAGCGCCGGUGAAGCCACGGAUGUCGAUCUUGGCAGUGCCAGCGUCUACACCUUUGGUCUCGGCGAGGACACAGAUCACAAGCUGCUCAACGCCAUCGCCAAGAAAUCCCCCGGCGGCACGUUCAGCACGGUGCGGGACGGGGCCAACCUCACCAGGCCCUUCUCCCAGAUGCUGGGUGGCCUCCUCACCGUGGUGGCGCAGGACGUGAAGCUCACCCUCACGCCCAAGACCGAGGACGGCCUGACGGCGAUGGUGGUGCCCGCCGACACCGACUACACGCAGACCACGGACAGCGCCACCGGCGUCAUCACCAUCAACUUCGGCACCCUCUUCAGCGGGGAGUCGCGCAAGGUCACCGUCAAGAUGACGCUCUCGGACUGCGCCGCCGGCACCACGCGCCACGACGCGGUCCUCGCCGAGGCCCAGCACAGCUAUACCGCCCAGUCCGUCGUGCACGGCCUCCAGACCCCCGAGAACCUCAAGAUCUACCGCACCCCGAACCCAGCCACCGUCGCCGGCAGCAAGGCGCGCUGGGUGCUGGCCGAGCUGGCGCGGCGCCGGCAGGCCCAGGCCAUCAGGGACGCCAUGGCUCUGGCGGAAGCCGGCGACCUCGACGGCGCACGCUACAGGCUCGUGGAGGCGCAGAACGCGCUGGAGGAGCUCGUGCUGGACGACGGCCAGAAGCUGCUCGACUCGCUCCGCGCCGAGCUCGUGCAGCUCAUCAAGCUCAUGGCCACCAAGGAUCUCUACGAGGCGCAGGGCCGCCCCUACGCGCUCGCCUCCGAUACCUCCCACGCCCGCCAGCGCUACGCCGACAGGGGCGACGACACGGACGCAGUUCGCCUCUUCGCCACGGCACGCAUGGAUACCUACCUUAAGCAGGCUAAGCAGUUCGACAGUGACCCCACCAAGCCGCUGCCCUCCGCCGCCGACGACGUCAAGGAAGAGAUCGCCGCCAACCCCAUGGCAGCCUUCUCCUCCGAGCUCGCCGUAUACCUCCAGAAGGCAAUCGAGGCUCUGCAGGCCAUCGAAAAGAUGAUCAACCCCACCACCACCACCUAGCAUGCCAUUUCCGCCUCAAUUUGCCGAGUCUCUCUCUCUCUCUCUCCCGCGCUGCUUGCUCUAGUUUAUUCCUUUGGUUAAUUAUUACUGUACUUCAGUAUCCAAUAAGCGCGGCCUAGCCCUAGUACUACUAUCCAAUAGGACAUCCACUUGUUUCAUCAACUUGUCAACCCAUUUGCUUCAGCGGAAUCGGGACUUUUUCUAGUCCCAACUAAAAAGUCCCUAAUCCCUAAAAAGUCCCUCCCUGUUUGUUUUCAAAGACUAAAAAGUCCCUAGUCCCUUCCUAAAGGUUAUUAAAUGACCAUGUUGCCUUUAGUAUAUAGAAAAAUAACAAUCAAACAACACCAUGGGGUGGCGGGCCAAUGGGUGCAUGGAGGGGCAUUGUUGGAAAAGUCUCAAAAAGACUCUCCUUGAGAGUCUUCUUCAUUUAGUCCCAAAUGCCUAGUUUAGUCCUUAAAAAGUCCCUCCCGUUUGGUAAAAAAGUCUUUAAGAGGGACUUUUUCUAGUCCCUACACAAAAAAGUCCCUGGAAACAAACACCCCCUUAUUUCACUAGUACCAUCAUCGACCGUGUUUAAUUUCACUUCCAACCCAUGCAUGCAUGGAUGUGUUUUCAUCCUCUUUUUCUCAUUGUUUAUUUCUUCUUAAUUUCAACCAACUUGUUGAUUUUAGUGUUUAUGACUAUGUUUUGUUAUGCCAGUCUUUUAAUUAAUGUCUUGUGCGUACAGAAAAACUACUGUAUAUAAUAUUAUAAUGUCACAAGAUCAAAUUAUUUUAUUAAACUUAUCACUAUGCCAAUCUGUUUCAUGACGGAGAGUAGGCGCCAUAGAAUUGAAGAGGUGGUUUUUCAGGGGCUUUGUGCAAAUUACUGACAACGUGGCAGUAAGCCGGUCAACUUGGAUCCAGGGUCAACAGGACCUCCC